AUGUCUACACCAUCUUGGCCCAAGAAUUCUAUAUCAUUCAGAAUACACCAUCAGAGGACGAGAUACAUUUACGAUCUUUAUUACAAACGUGAAGCUAUAUCUAGGGAAUUGUACGAGUUCUGCUUAGCUACAAAGAUCGCUGAUGCACAACUCAUAGCAAAGUGGAAGAAACAGGGAUAUGAGAAUCUGUGUUGCUUGAGGUGUGUUCAAACGAGAGACACUAAUUUUGGUACAAACUGUAUUUGCCGUGUGCCAAAAAGUAAACUUGACGCAGACAGAGUUAUCGAAUGUGUGCACUGUGGUUGUCGUGGCUGUUCUGGAUGA